CAGAAAACUGUUUACUGUCGACCAGCCUGCUAUAUUUCCUUUCCAUUAAACUCCCCUUGAAAGCGGAGGCUAUGGUUGACCAUUACGAUUUUACGUCAUGAAGUUUGUGGCCUUUUCCUACCUGGCUGCGGUUGCGUGUGCUCUUCAGGUUCUUCCCCCUGUCGCGUGGAAUGCAAGUGGAUUGUCGGGAGAAGGAUUUGACAUCAGAGCAGUAGAGAAGAAAAUCUUCAUUACCAGCAGUUUUGCAACUCGUCGGGACGACAAUGGGUUGACUCUGAUUCCUCCCUCCGCUGGGGAACUUGCAGAGACCUUCCGUCAGGACCUGCAGGCAGUGACGAACACGUCGUGGGUGCUGCACACGGUAGACGCGUUUCCAGAUACUGAAACAGGAAUAUUUCUGGAUAGUGUGGACGUUCAGCAGGUCAACUUGACUUAUGAGAACAAGGAGCCGACCGAGGAAGGCUAUGAGCUCGUCUUCAGUGCCGAUAGGGCAUACAUUCGCGGUUCUGGUGCUCGAGGGAUGUGGUGGGGAACGCGAACAUUUCUCCAGCAGUUGCUGAUUCACGACUUGGGGAUCGUGCCAGCCGGACGGACCCUUGACGCGCCUUCGUCGGUCACGCGGGGGGUUCUACUCGAUGCGGGCCGGAAAUGGUACUCUCCCGGAUUCCUCAAGGACUUGUGCACGUAUGCCUCGUUUUUUAAGCUGUCUGAGUUCCACUAUCACAGCAGUGACAAUUACCCGUUGAACCGCGGGCAUAACGAGACGUGGUAUGAAGUUUAUUCGCAGUUCUCCUUGCGACCCGAAAGCGCGAAGUUGCAGGGGCUGGUGCAAAGAUCGAAUGAGACGCUGUCGCGGGCUGAGUUUGAGGACUUCCAGCAUCAUUGCGCGCAACGCGGAGUGACCGUCAUUCCUGAGAUCGAAGCGCCCGGCCAUUCUUUGUCAAUCACCAAGUGGAAGCCGGAGCUGGCGUUAGAGCCAAAGGAUCUGCUCAAUUUGACGCACCCGGAUACACUGCCGCUGAUCAAGUCGAUAUGGGCAGAGUUCUUGCCGUGGUUUCAGACCAAAGAAGUCCAUAUCGGAGCGGAUGAGUACGACUCAGCAUUGGCGGACGAUUACAUCGACUUUGUGAAUGAGAUGGCUGCCUUCAUGAAUGAGACUGCCGGCAAGAAAGUUCGCAUCUGGGGAACGUACGAACCAUCGAACACCCGCAGCAUCUCCAAGAAUGUCAUGAUUCAGCACUGGCAGUAUGGACAGUCAGAUCCCGUUAGCCUUGCAAGAGAUGGCUAUGAGUUGAUCAAUUCCGAAGAUUGGUGGGCAUACAUGUCCCUGAAAAAUGACCACAUGCCCAUCGUUCCCGCCCCAUAUCCGCCAUCGUUCAAUAAUACUAGAUUACUGAAUUUCGGGGGGAGCGACGGCCGGCAAUGGACCCCACCGUUGUUCAACCCAUACAAUCUCACGAACCAACCCGAUCCGAGGCGUGUCCAGGGAGCCAUCAUCGCAGCCUGGAAUGACAAUGGCCCUGACGCGACGACGCAGCUGGAGGCAUACUAUGCCCUCCGUGAUGGUAUUCCAACCUUCGCAUCCCGUGUAUGGGCUGGUAACCGUGGGCAGGAGCUAAAUAUAUCGAGCUUAUCGGAGUCUAUACGCGUGCUGACUGCGAAUGCGGUGGCGCAGAAUCUGGAUCGGCGGCUUUCUGGAGAUGUGGAUCGGGAUGGAGAAGUGCUGGUCUGCUGGGAUGCAAUGAACGAGAAUGACACGACAAAAGUUCACUUGGGAUAUGGGAGUAAAGGGAUGAACUAUUCGCUGGAGCUGAACGUGACGGGUCCUUUUACUCUCUCCUCUGAUGAUGCAACGCUCAAGCUUGAAUUCGAUGGUUCACUAACCUUCAUCUCAGAUGGAUGGGAAUAUCCUCUCCGGUCUGUGUCUGAAGCCGAUGGAUUUGAUCCUGCGUACCCUGGUCGUAUAUGGGUCAACGAGACGACCUCCACGCAUGAACCGGUGACUGUGCCGUUGGGAAGUCUGAUCACGAUCCAGACGGAUGCUGUUGGUGGAAGUCGCGUUUGGAUCGAUGGUUCAUUCGCUGGCAGGUUUGAAGUGUUUGUCUUUGGAGGAAAGAACACUUUGUUUUCUUGGAGUCAAAUGGUCUUCGUUGCACCGUUGGAAUGGGUAGAGGGGGGCAUACGCCACUUGCGACUCAGAUCCUAUGAUGAGCAUGACACUUAAUGUAAAGACGAGGGGCUUUCGAGAUAUUAAAGUAGCAAUCAAUCAAAAGUGACCAUUCUGGCUAAGCA